CGAGUCGCCAUGGGCUACGACCUUCUGCGGAAGUACCUACCCCGCACGUCAUGCCUUCCGGCUUUGAUGUAAUGAGAGCUCCAUCUUUGUUGCGCAGUUGGCGGGGUCGUGGCGUGCGGGUCGAUCAUGUUGCUCGCAGCAAACCUGCACCCGUCGUGGCUAGUGAUCGUCCGGUCGUGCGACUACAACGCUCCUUGGCAGGACACGAUUGGCCCCAUCGGCGUGUACAUCCACGAUACAUCGCUGAUGGACAAGCUCUUUCCAGCUUUCAAUAGCUCGAGUAUCGCGAGUGAAAUGGUACUGGUAUGUGGCCGUCGUCAGCAAGGUCACCAGGUCAUGUGGGUGGACAGUGCGCAAUGGAAUCACGCCGUCGACGCUCAUUUUGCCAGUAUUUGGACACAGCUCUCGCGAUCAUGCAGUGGCUUUUGGUUGUUGCAGCCUUGCUCUGCAUGUGCCAAUCACUGCUGUAAUUAAAAUGGGACCAACGCGACUGCCUUGUGUAGUUGACACUGCAA